CGCAAACGGGAGACUGAUGGUCUCACAACACGUGGUAAAGCUGAUGGUCUCACAACACAUGGAAACGUUGAUGGGUCAGAUAAAGAUCAAAUUGUUAGAAUCGAAAGCAUUGAGCUUUCCUUGAACACAGACAAGACGACGCAAACGAGGACAUAGUCGCAAGGUCAGAGGAAGUGCUAUGCUACAAAUUUCCAACUUUCCACUCGUCUAAAAAUACAACUGAGCCCAAAGAACUCACCGGGAAGACUAUAAGUCUCAUAGCUUUUGAUAGCAGUUAUCAGGGUCAGAUCCGAGGAUUUGAGGAAACUCUUGAAAAUAAGACAGCUGUUGAGCAUAUGUUGCAGCAAGAGUUGGAGACUUUAGAAAACGAGCCGAACGUUGUCAAGGAGACGGCAAUAGGUGAACUAUUAGAAACGUCAAACUCGUCUGAAGAAGCAAGUCUACUAUGUACCUUUAAGACUGAAUCUACUGACACAGCAAAUGAACCCCUUUACCUGAGGGAACAGCAUGAGAACUCUGACGAAAAAGUCUAUCAAAUGAAGAUCCAAGAGCUACAAGAAACUCCUCAAAGGAAAAUAGUUUAUGGGGAAGUGUUAGAGGAAGAAAUGAAGUGUUUAAAGAACGAUCUGAAUUAG